AUGUUUUACUACCCCGCGGUGCUAACACAUCAGACCGGAUGUUUCUCUACAAUCUGGCUCGUGGCCACCAAAGGGAUCCGAGUUACUCGCAGAGAUUUCCUAAAAGUGAACGUCAAAAGCACAUGCGAUGACAUCAUGAAUUACGUGCUGCAGCGGGUCCCGCCCCCUCGACCUGGUCUGCCUCGACCUCGCUUCUCCCUGUACCUGUCCUCCCAGCUGCAGUACGGCGUCAUCGUGGUCUACCAUCGCCAGUGUGCUCUUCUCCUCGAGGAAGUUCACACCAUCAUGGGUCAGCUGGUGAAACGCAAGAAGUCCAAGGAAAUUGAUAUAGAGGAGCAGAACAGACAAGCUCUGCUGCUCCCGGAUGCUCUGUCCCUCCUGGAGGAGGCAGAGGGAGCUCUGGAUCCUUUAUUCGGAGUGAUGCAGGAGGCCGUGCCGAGUCCCCGUGCACUGAUGCAGAUUGCAGAGGAGUAUCUGAGAGAAUCCUCUCCUGAGCUUUCUGAAGGAAGCAGCCCGUCUCCUCCUGCUGGUGCUCCUCGUCCUCGUCCUCCUGCUGCUGCUGCUGCUGCACAGGACAUUGGCAUGACUUCAUCUCCAGACUCCAUCACCCUCAGAGAGCCCAAUCCUCUCUUUAUCCCCAUUCCAGAGUUUGAGGGGGUGGAGCUUGUUGAUCACGAUCUAGACACUGUUGACUUACUCAUGGCUGAAGCAGACCACUUUCCAGAAGGGGAUUUGGAGAUGUUGAGAGAUGAGAUCCACCGACCGCGUUUCUACCCCUGCGUCAGUUUACAGCCCACCGUUCUCUCCGGUGAAGAGCCGACGUUGUUGCCUCAGGAAGAGCCUGUCGUGUCAGAGGAGAGGCCGGGACCCCCCCGAGGCCACAUCACCCCCGUGUCUGAGCCCGUCCUCCCGCCGCCGCCGUCCGCAGGGAAACGUGCGAGGCCCAGCCUGGGGUUACAGUCCCUGCAUGCUCGGAAAGGGCCCCCUCCAGAGGUGAGGAGGAGGAGGAGGAGGAAGAGGCAGCUGGUCUUCUUCGACCCGGAGACGCAGAUCCCCCAGGAGGCGCUGCAGCAGCAGAUCGACAACCCUCUGACUGAGACCAGACGUCCACCUCGCCCACUGCCCUCGUCUGUCGCUCGCUCUGCUGCUGAUCUCCUCAACAGCCCAUGCACCUUCUUGCCUGAAGAGGUGCUGUCUCUAUGGCAACAGGCGGCGAAUAUCACGCCCAUCUCCGGCUCGGACCUGCAGGGCGGAGAGAGAGGGCCCGAGUCCACGGACUCUGAGAAAGAGAGAGAUCGGGAGAUGGUGGAGGUGUCAGAGAGAGAGGAGGAGAGACUGGAGCACAGCCCCAGAGAGGUCCAGAGAGAUUUGGAAGAACAGGAGAAUGAUAUUUCAGGCCUGGGUACGCUGAGCCUGGAGGGCUCUGACCAAAAGGAAAGAUCUCGAGAGAUCUCGCCCAUGCACUCAUUGGAGAAAGAAGGGUCCAUUGUCUCUAGGUCUGUUUCCGUACUGCAGGACAUCCCAGAGGUGGUGGACGAGUUUCUGGAGAGACCAGCAGCUGAGUCUCCAGGGUUAUUGCCGGAUGAGGAUGAAUCUGCACCUGUGCUUUUUCAGUCUCUCCUGCCGCCAGAGGCCGACCGCCCGACUGUCAGCAUCAUUUUUCAGAAGCUCCUGGGGAUCGCCUCGUCCAGGAAAGUGCGUGUGCAGCAGCGGGAACCUUACGGCGACAUUUGGAUAACACCUGGACCCAACUACAGAGACGUGCUGCAGACUUUGUAACGAGGAAACCGUCGCCGCCAGCUUCCUGUUCUGACAUUUGUUCAGGUUCAUAAUUCUGGAUUCAAUACGACAUAACACAGAAAUAGUCCCAUGUUUUGUUAGUGAUCAUUUCCUAAAAGUGCUCGUUGCAUCUCGUUGACAUGUUUGAGAUUAUUGUGGUUUUUUAAAACUUUUUACCGGCAGUUUUUAGGGUAUUCAGCAUGAAUUGACAUUGUUAAUGUGACUAAUAACCUGUAUCAACUUCAUGAGAUUUUCAGAUGAACAUUUUCACAGUUUUUUACCGUUUGUAGUUUUGAUAUUUUUAAUGAGCAUGUUAUUCUGCAC